ACCAAAAGUUCCUAUCCUUGAGAAUUUACAGACAUUUGCAGACUUUUUUAAAGACCCAAUUUUCAAUCACGUUUCCGUGUUGAAAACAUCUUUGAAAGCCAUGUUUCGACAGCUUUGCAACAUUUUAAAGAAAAUCUUUUUUCGUGCUCCCGACCCUCCAAAUUUACCUUUGUCUUGUGACUUGAAAAAGGAGGGUGUGAAAUCUGAAGUUGGUGCCAAAAUCCAACAAAAAGGCACCAAAAGGAAAAUCUCUGAGGAUGACAAAGACUCUGUAUCACCGGCAAAGAAAAGAAGAAAACCUGAGUGUCCCCCUCAAAAAGAUGAAUCCCCACCCACUAAGCUUGUUGGUAGCAGGAAGAGAAAGUCAUGUGAUCUGGAACAACGACCAAGCAAAAGAAGGAAAGAAAGCACAGAUGAAGAAGACGACCCAAAGCUCAAAUUUGAUGCAAAAUAUGUGGAACUGAAUCCACUCGGUAAAGGUGGUUGUGGAUCUGUGUUUGCUGGCUAUCGCAAAUCAGAUAUGUUAGCAGUUGCCAUCAAGCACAUUCCAAACGAAAAUAUUCUCUGCCAACACAUUGAUGAGAAUGGACAAGCGAUCUCUGUGGAAGUGGCUGUAAUGUUAAAACUUCAGUCUAGAACAUCAAGUUCGGCCGGCAGCACAGCACCUAUCACCUUGCUAGACUGGUACGAGCUGCCAGACGAGCUGAUUUUAGUCUUAGAGAGGCCAAUUCCAGCAUCCGAUCUUAGGACCUACAUUGAAAAACACGGAGGUCCACUAAAAGAAAGUGAAGCCAAGAUUAUUCUGAAACAACUAGUAGAGGCAGCUAUUUACCUUCAAGAGGAAAAGAUUUUCCACAGAGACAUCAAAGCGGAGAACAUCUUGAUAGAGAUUUGUUCAGGCGCCCCACGGGUUCGGAUCAUUGACUUUGGACUCAGCUCCUUCGCAGAGAUAAAUUCAAAUCAUGACAUGUUCUAUGGCACCAAUUGUCAUGCCCCUCCAGAAUGGAUGUUUCGACGCAAAUACAGCGCUGGACCCACAACAGUGUGGCAGAUGGGAAUUGUCCUCUUUGAUUGCCUCCACAUCGUACACUUCAAUUCAUCAAGUUUUAUAAGAAGAAAGACAAAAAUCAAACACAAUCUUUCCAAAGAAUGCAAAGACUUCUUGAGAGAGUGUUUCACCAGAGACCCAGGAGCGCGCCCUACACUGGAACAGAUUCAGCAUCACCCUUGGCUGAAGUAAAUCUUGCAGUAAACAUCUCAGCCAAGGGCCAGCCAGUUGUGUUCCAGAUAAUGUAGAA